UUUGACCUGACAGGACUUAGUGUGUUUGAGUACACACACCCCUGUGACCAUGAGGAGCUAAAGGAGAUGCUGGUACACAGAACUGGUGAGACACACCCCUGUGAAAACACACUCAUACUCAAGGUUCCUACUGAGAAUAGACUCUGCUGCACACAGCACUCUGGAAUAUCAGUGUAACAAGUAGUGUGGGGCUGAAUUUAGCAGCUUCAAGCAAAAAAGUCAGAGCCUGUCAGAACCAGUUAUAAUUUCCCACUCCAGUCCUGAGGUCAGGGUGAUUAGAGUGGGCUACUGUCUUUUCCCAUGGUAUUCACUCUGCUUCACUGGCACCAUUCCUUUUUUGCACAUCACACCAACACUAAAUGUAAUUUUUAUUUCUUAACCUCAGUCUUACGUUCUCUCUCCUCCUCUGCCUUUUCAGGGAUCUCUAAAAAAUCCAAGGAACCAAACACAGAGCGCAGCUUCUUCCUGCGGAUGAAAUGUACCCUCACCAGCAGGGGGCGCACUGUCAAUGUCAAAUCAGCCACCUGGAAGGUUCUCCACUGCUCAGGCCAUGUGCGAGUCCAUGAAGCCCCAGCUGAGCAGAGCCCCUGUGGGCACAAGGAGCUGCCCGUCUCCUACCUGGUGUUGGUCUGUGACCCCAUCCCCCACCCCUCCAACAUCGAGGCUCCGCUGGACACCAAGACCUUCCUCAGCCGCCACACACUGGACAUGAAGUUCACCUACUGUGACGAGAGGUGAGACUGAGACCUACCAUUCCGCUGACUGCAGCAUCAGCAUGAAUAAUGUAGUAGAAGAAUACUGAAUCUAACACAAAGCUAUACUCCAUAUAAGAAUAAGGGCUAUUGUUGUAAGAAUAUAUGUUGCGUUGAAUUUUUUCCUUAAAAUUAAAUGACUUGUAUUCACACAAAGAUGUGAUAAAAGAAUAUGUAGUUCCUAAAUGUAGUGCCACAGAGCCACCUUGUGUCCAAUAGGUUUAAUGGCACUCCAGUAAACAGCAGGAUUAACCUGUCCCCUAUCUCUGUGUUGUCCAGGAUCACUGAGCUGGUGGGCUAUGAUCCAGAGGACCUGUUAAAUCGCUCUGUGUAUGAGUACUACCAUGCCCUGGACUCAGAACACCUGACUAAGACCCAUCACAACUGUAAGCAUCCCCACCUAAACAUGACAAUGCAAAGUGUAUUCGCCCUUAAAGCAGACACGUAAUCUGGAAAUGCCCAAUGCUUUGCAAUAUGCUUCAGUACAUAAUACAAUGUUGACAGACUAGGUAGCUACUUGCAGUCUCUCUUUCCUCUUCCUUUUUUCUCACCCUCUUCUUCUUUCUUCGGGUCUCUCCAGUGUUUGCGAAGGGCCAGGUGAGCACAGGCCAGUACCGCAUGCUGGCUAAGAGAGGCGGCUUUGUGUGGGUGGAGACUCAGGCCACUGUUAUCUACAACAACAAGAACUCCCAGCCCCAGUGUGUUGUCUGUGUCAACUUUGUGCUCAGGUACCGUCAUGGACUACACAGUGUGUUAUAUAGAGGCUAGUUUGAUCAGGGCUUUAAACUGUCUGGUGGACCGACCCCAGUGGGUUCUGACUCAACCAAUCAAUCAGAUUUUCACUUUGUAAGGUGGAGUAAGACAUGAUAUUUAACUGUUUUUGUCUCCCUCUUCCUCCAGUGGAAUUGAGGAGGAGAAGAUGGUGCUGUCUCUGGAGCAGACGGAGGACAUGAGACCUGUAAAGAAGGAGCUGGUGGAGGAGGAGGAGGAGGAGGAGGAGAAGGAGGAAGAAGAGGAGGAGAGCUCUGAGGCAGAGGUGUCCCCUGUGCUCCUGAAGGAGGAGAAGGUGGAUGUGAGCAAGCUGUUCACCCAGGCAGUUGAGGCCCAGCCCCUGGCCAGCCUGUACGACAGACUGAAGGAGGAACCAGAGGCCCUCACCCUUCUGGCCCCGGCCGCAGGAGACACCAUCAUCUCCCUGGACUUCAGCAGCCCCGGUCAGUACCCUGCCCUGCCUGGAGCUCUGUGUGAUAGUUACUUUUGAAUAGAAAAUGAACUUUAUAAUUUGUGAUAGUCACACUUUACUGGUCCCAACCCUAACCCAAACUCAUUCUGACCCCCUUUUUACUGUCCCUGCAGUCUCUGACAUCCUGCUGAAGGAGGUGCCUCUCUACAACGAUGUGAUGCUGCCCUCCACCAGUGAUAAGCUGGCCCUGCCGCUCUCUCUGCUGCCCUCCAGUGAGCAGCCCCUGGUCCCCAGCACCUCCGUGGACACCAAGGCUGGUCCAGACUCCUCCAGGACCCCAGGCAGCUACAGCUCCAAUGAGGUGAGCAGGGAUACCACGUCCAGACGGACCACUUUUAAAACUGCCAAUCAGGAAAUCAAUGGAAAGUUGCUACGUCAAAAAUACUUCUGUUCACAAAAUCUAGUCUUUAACCAAUGUAAUGUCCUCUGCAGCCUGACAGCCCGCUGAACUUCUGUUUCCCAAUGGACUCUGACAUCAGUGCUGCGUUUAAACUGGACCUGGUGGAAAGACUGUUUGCCAUCGACACAGAGCCCAAGACGCCUUUCACCUCACAGGUACGGUACCUACAGUAUCAAUGCUAAGACAUUCUAAUGCAUAUGGGUCCUUCUAUAAACUAGGGUACCAGGGAGGAUUUCCUACACUGGACAACUUGUUGCAUCUGUUGAUAAGUCAUUGAUAAUAAUCUGCCCAUUUUUGUCAUGUCAUUACAUUAAGGUAUAAGGGGGUAUCAUAACUAUAUUCAAUAAAAUUCACGAGUUGAUUUAAAACCUAUUUUUCAACCCUUUCUCAUGGUUGGUGUCUUGACGGAUUUGUCCAAAAUUGGUGUAAGUUGUUGUUAUAUCAUAUAUUAAGUAAGCAUUAAUCAGUUAAAUUAGUCAAUGAACUUGAAUCCUGGAUCUAGCUGUUGGACAGUUUAUUUGUAUAGAGAUCUCAGAAAUGCAGUGUAACUAAGUAACAUUUUGUGUCUCCUUAUGUUACGGGGUGAAACCAUUAGCAUGGUUCUUCAAUAAUUAUGCAUAAAACUUGUUGGAAUGCGCAUUUGGUAUCCAGCUGAUUAGGUACGCCGUGAUAUUUUCACACAUCAUCAUCUGAUCCAGGAAUUAAUUUUCCGAAUGAGAGUCAAGUGGCGAACAGCUGUUGUGAAGCUGCAAAAAAUGUGUUUGCGAGGAAUGUCCAGAAUAUUUUGGUGUCCUAUUCGUUACGCCAGUGAAGACAGUUGUGCCUGGAUCCACGUUGGAUCUAAUAUCCCUAGCAAAUUGAGAUUGAUAAUCUGUUGUCUGAUUGAUUUACAGCAGGUUCUCGUUAGAUUUAACAGAGAAAGCAGCAAGGUAAUGAGUUCAUGUUUUCAUAUGUUUUUGUGCCUCGGAUUGGACACUGAGUCUACUGUGCGUAGGAUAGACUAUUGCGCAACACCAAUGCUGUUCCUAUUAUUUAUUCUGGAUAUAAUGACAACAAAUGAAAUAACCUAGUGGGCUUAUUCACAAUAUAAUCUGGUAAUGAAAUAAUGUGAUAUUUAGUUUUCCAUGUUAGACCUGCAAUUUUAAACAAUACAAGGGGCUUGAAGUAGCCUACUUCAGAAAUUCAAGUAUUGGAAUAGGCCUACCUUGAAAAUCAGACAUUUCCUAGAUUUCGUGCUUGAAAAGUUGUAAUUAUUGUUGCCAAUGUAUAAGUUCUCCUGCUCCCUUAUAAUUAUCUGUGGCUUCAUUUUUGAGUUUUUGUAGGAGAUGUUCUAUAUUAGGGCCUAUAUGUACAAUUAUAUAAAUUUUACAAUUGUAUAACAUUGAGGUCCUUGAAAAUUACAAUUAAGUGCUUGAAAAAGUCCCUGAAAUUUCUUGAAUUUUAAUUUAACAUACAAUGUCUGUAUGAACCCUGCUUAAAGAAUGUAUAGCCCUAUGUUGUAUAGGUGGAGUAAUGGGUCAAUUUGCAUACAUUCACUUUUAUUCCUCUUAAGUACACAUGUGGAACUGCAUGAAAAUGAAUUUUAUUUUUUGUUUCAAACCAUUUUGAAAUGUUGAUCCCAAUGUCACACAUUGGCCCCAUUAUUUAUAAAAAAAGACCCAUAUACGUGUGGGUAGACUAGCUUUUUUGAUAUUCUAAUUGACCUCUGGGGAAUACUUUUUUUCACAAUUGGUAAGUUUUCUAUAAUAUCCAUGUGGUCACCAGAAAAUAUUCAUGAAUUUGGAUUACACACUAUCAGUAGCUGGAGGAGGUAGUGAACAAUAUAAGGAAUAAGCUGGGGUGGCAGUGGGACGCGUCCAUCCUGGUACAAUGGUGAACCUGAAUGAAAGCGAAUCAGCUGUUGUGUGGUUUAAAUACUGUAGGUGGAGAUGUAAUUGAUGUGAUUCCAUUCCACCACUUCCCCGAACUUGCGUGAAUUCUAAACGUCUUUUAAAGGAUAUGAAUUGAUUCAGGGAAAGUCUGAUCUGACAGAUAUGUUAUUGUUUCCCCCUGUAGGCCAUGGAGGACCUGGACCUGGAGAUGUUGGCUCCAUACAUCCCCAUGGAUGAUGACUUCCAGCUGCGCACCCUGUCCCCAGAGGAGCCACUGUCGUGUGACCCAGCCCAACCCCUAGAGAGCUCUCCUCUGUGCUCUCCUCUGCACCUCACCCAGGAUGUCCACAGCUACCCUGGCUCCCCCUUUAGUGGCCCAAGCAUCCGGACAGCUUCCCCAGCCCCGGAGCUGGCAGCUAGCUCUUGCUCUGCCUCCUUACUCACCACGAGGUAAGUCCCACCACGUACACACACUCCUUCCAACUUACCCUCUCCUCAAAACUAAAUCAUAUCAGUGUUUUCUGACUACUGACAUGGUGUGUGACUCUCUGUGCUCUAGGGCGCCUCAGAUGGACAGAGAGAUCUCUCUCAGGACACUGGCCACCCAGAACACACAGCGCAAGAGAAAGUUGUCUCUGUCUCAGGCUGUCGGAAUAGUAAGUGUGUGUAAGACCUUUAGAAAUGUUUUUAUCAUGUAAAAAACAAAUAACAUUUAGCAGAGAUAUUCUGUUUGAUAACAUUCGGCAUAUUGAGGGCUAAUUUGAAUCUGUUGUUUUUCUCAGGGGGCAUUGCUCCAGGACCCUCCUGGGCCGGGUAAAAAGCUCAAGGUGUCUGAGCUGGGCAGCUCUGAGGCUCCCUCCAACAGGACCAUACUGCUCCUACCUACAGGUAGUUAGUCCUGGAACACCCAACAGCCAAGGCCUGGCAUUAAGCUUAUGUGUACAGUACCUUCGGAAAGUAUUCUGACCCCUUGACCUUUUCCACAUUUUGUUAUGUUACAGCCUUAAUCUAAAAUGGAUUAAAUAAAUUAAAAAUCCUCAGCAAUCUACACACAAUACCCCAUAAUGACAAAGCAAAAACUGAUUUUUAGAAAGGCUGUAAUCGCUGUCAAAGGUGCGUCAACAAAGUACUGAGUAAAGGGUCUGAAUACUUACAUAAAUGUCAUAUUUCAGUUUUUUUAUUUUGAUAAAUUAGCAAAAACUUAAACAGUUUUUGCUUUGUCAUUAUGGGGUAUUGUGUGUAGAUUGAUAAGGGAAAAAAACGAUUUAAUCAAUUUUAGAAUAAGGCUGUAACCUAACAAAAUGUGGAAAAAGUCAAGGGGUCUGAAUACUUUACGAAGGCACUGUAUGUUUUACAUAUUUACAUGAACAAUGACACUAGUGUCCCUUAUAUUCUCUUGUUUCUCUUAGACCUGGCAAGCCGCCUGCUUGGCAUCUCCUCGGAGGGAAGCGGCUCACCCUUCACCCUUCCACAGCUGACCCGGUAUGACUGUGAGGUUAACGCCCCCGUGGUGGGUCGCCAGCACCUGCUGCAGGGCGAGGAGCUGCUGCGUGCCCUGGACCAAGUCAUCUGA